AGGAUCUUACUGCUCUUCAGACUUAAAUAGAUGUCUGAACUCCAGUUUACUUUUACAGCUUCUGAAGAGGUGCUCGAAGAUUAGACAAAGACAGCGCUGAAAGCUAUCUGUCACAACACCACUAGAUGGCGUACUCCACACAAACACUGGCUCAAGGCUGCUUUGGGAAAGUAUAUAAGGAGAAGUUUGGAGACUCAUGGGCUGCUCUGAAGAGAGUCCCUGUAGGUCUCAUCAACAAAUAUGAGCUGGAAAGAGAAUGCAAAGUAUAUAAAAAUGCUCGGCACCCUAACGUGGUGAAUCUUCUUGGUGACCCUUGGAUCAAAGACGCAAAGUGGAACAUUCCUUUGGAAUUCAUCUUUGGAGAAGAUCUUGAGACGACCAUCUUUAAAACACAAAGCUCCAAAAUACAGUUGACUCCAGCAGUGAGAGCCACGAUCAUCACUGGGAUGUGUGAAGGUUUGCUUCAUCUGCACAGUAAAGACAUCGUCCACCAAGACCUCAAACCAGACAACAUCAUGGUUGAGCAUCAAACCCAUCGUGCUGUGAUCAUUGAUUUGGGUCUGGCGAAGUUCUUUAAAAAUGGACUGAGCUCCGCAGCAAACUCGGGCAAUGAAGCGUACUCUGCUCCAGAGAUCCUGCAGACGAGGGGAGUUCGUGACAAGCGUUCAGAUGUUUGGGCUAUGGGUAAAGUCAUUGCUGAACUCUGUGCCCGAAUCAGGUUACCCACCCAAUACGUGUGUGCCGGCAAAAUUCAAGAAUAUCUUAAAGAUCAACCGUACUGUAAUCCAGUGUCCCGGAUGGUGGAGACCAAUCCAUCUUACAGAGCUUCUAUGGCUGGAGUCAUUUUAGACAUCAGGAGAGCUGCUUCAGCUUCAAAAAUGGACAUCAAACCAAGAGACGUCACCGUAACACAGGGAAAUGAAAUAAGUCAGAGACGGAGUCCACAACCGCCAACACUUCUUCAGACGGUGGUCAAAAAACCUCCUGUGGUAAAUUAUCGGCAGGAUCCGCCACAACAGAGGGAAAUGGGAAAGGCAGUAGUCUCAUUUAAAGGAGCGGCUUUGAGCAGUCAGAUGUCUGUAAUGUCCCUUUCCCCGUUCCCUUUUCCCAUUCCAGACGAUGGAAAAGUGAUUCACCAACGCUACACUGAGGAGGAAGGAUGUGUGGAACAUAAAGAGAUCAUCACAAGUGGAGGGAAAAUCACUAAAUAUGAGAGAGUGGAAUACUCUUUCAAACGUUCUUAAAAAGAUCAUUUUUGUCCUGGAAACAAAAGUGUAAAGGUUUAAAAAUGAUUAGAAUUGGUGAUUUUUUUUGUAUUAUUAUUUUAAUAUCUUAUGGUAGAUUAAAUGGUAAUCCUGUUGUCGUCUGAAAGCUUUACGGUAAUACACACAGCUUCUGUCCUUGUCAUUAAUAGAUUUUAAUAUAAAUGCUGACUCAUUAAUAAUAUAACUGCACAAAAACAUAAAAUAGGAAGAAUUUUUUUCAAUCAAAUCUGAAGAAUAAGAGUAUUUCCAGGAAUGCAUAUUAAUUUGUUAGUUAAUAAUUUAAUAAGUUUACUAUUGCGUAGUGUCAAAAUUUCAUUACAAUCAUGUUGGGUUACUGUACUAUUUAUGUUCAGUGAAUCUUCCUUUUAUUGAAACAUGCAGUUUUAUUUUUGAUGUGCAUUUUAAUUAUUGUGUAGGAAAAUGCAAUGAACAGACUUAAAUGCAAACACAAAACACAUGGACAGUAAUGACACAGAAAACGGUUAACCUAUUGCAAGACUUUAAUAAUACAAAAACCAUUUAGCUCUAUGACCUUUUCAUAUUUAAGUCCUAUCAGUUCUCUUUUUUUUGACCCAAAACAUUUAGGUCGAAGGGCGGGUGCCCCUCACAGUAGGGAUGUAACGAUUCACUCAGCUCACGAUGCGAUGCGAUUCACGAUUCUGAUCUCACGAUGCGAUUUAUUCACGAUUUACUCACGAUUUAUUUUAAAAAAAAUGAGUUGAAACAAAUUAGAAAUGAACAACUUCCCUUGCAUUAUUUCUUAAAUGCUUCACGUUUCUUUGCAUAAUAAAAUAAUGUUUUAUUUCAAAUAACAAAACUAAACUGCGAUUUUAUAACAAAUUAAUAAUAGAAAAAGUCUCUUUAAUAUAAACAAACUAAUACUGUCUGAGCUUUUCUUGGAUUUUUUUGCAUUUAAGAAAUAUCAGCAUCCACGUUUAGGUUUGCAGUGAAAAUAGCGGCCCCUGCUGUUCAAUAAAUGUAUUGCGAUUCAGUUCACACCUCAACCGAAUUGAAUCGUCACUCAUUAUAACCGAUUUUCAACCGGCUCACGGUGAAUCGUUACAUCCCUACCUCACAGCAUUUAAUCAUUUUAAGUUUUGAACUUGGAUAUUUAUGGAUGUGCAUUUUGUAGGUCAACAAGUUAAAUCAACUAAGAUUUUGUACCCAGCAUGCAUUGCAGUAUAAAAAAAGGUUUAUGCUGCAAUGCAUUCUGGGUACUGCAUAAAAAUCUCAUCCCCGCCUGCAUUGCAGCAUAAAUUGUUUUUGUUAAUUGUCACCACUGUUGAGUUUCAUCAGAAUAAAUAUAAAAGGAUAUUAUUUCUAUAUAAUUGUAACUCCAUCAUUAAGUAUAAGAACAUGGAAAUAACUUACCCUUCCUAAGGUAUAACACGGAAAGUGUUGUUGAAAGGAAUAGUGCGCCCAAAAAUGAAAAUUCUGUCAUCAUUUACUCGCCCUCGUCAUUUCAAACCUGCAUGACUUUCUUCUGCAGAAGACAAAAGAAGAGAUUUUUCAAAAUGUUGGUAACCAAACAACAGCAUCCAUUCUCAUUAGUUUAGUGUUAGUCAAUAGGUACCGCCGUUGUUUGGCUACCAACAAUCUUCAUAAUUUCUUCUUUUAUAAGUAAGCCAUACAGGUUUGAUAUGACAAGAGGGUGUAUAAAUGACAUUUUUGGGUGAACUAUCAUCACAUAUUCCCAGCCAACAUUUUUUUGUGGGGCCAAUGUAGGCCCCAUAUGGGCUUGAGGCAUGGGCCCCAAGUGGGUUUGUCCACGGGUUCCAUGUCGGCCCUACGUGAAUUAGCCCAUAUGAAUCCUACGUAGAAUCUGAGUGGGGCCCACGUGGGACCCAAACCGGCAACAUGCAUAAGCCCCAUAUUGGUCCCACUUUAUAAAGCCCAUGUGGAUUCAACCAAGGCCCUGUAUGUUUAAUGGAGGAGCCCUGCAUAGUGCAUACUUGAGUGGUUCUAGAUUAUGUUUUUUGAGGUCUCCUACCUGGACAGUACAACUUUUGUUAUUGCUAAAUUGUAAUUGACCUUUACAUUCUUAUGCUCUACCAAAUACAAUGCAAUUUUUACAGAUUAAAUGAUAACUGCAGCAUUUGGAUGUUGCUUU